AUGCGAGCCUUUUCGAGCACAGUCAAGCCGCAUUCACAAAAGUCAACACCGUCUGUGCAAAAGCAACCAGCAGCUACCCCAAUACCUCGCUGGGCUCCUAAACAAAAAGAACCAGUUCCUGUACGAGUGCCUGCCUCGACGAAGUUCCCCGCUGCCAAAUCCAGCCCACCGACCGUCAUCUCCACCCCGCUACCUGACAACCCAACUUCUCCUCGAACUCUACCGGUAGAGCCCACUGUUAUACCUUCGAUUGAAAAAGGCAUCGAGCAAUCUGUAGCAAGUGAUGUUAAUCCGGAACAAGUCUCCAUUCCUACGCCCAUAACUGCCCCCCCAGCUCCUACAGCAUCUACACAAGAGUCUCGUACGACUAAACGUGAUGCACCUACGGCGACUGAACGGCCCGGGAAACGAGCAAAGAAAACUUCUGAGAUUACGCGAUCGAAGGAAUGGGCGCAAUGGCAGGCACCUCUCACACCGGCAUCACAAAAUGUGACCUCUGCGGGGGAGACAAGCGAGACGCCCCGAGACUCAGUUGCAUCUUCGUCAGCGGUAUCGUCCACGCCAGAGCCACGCCGCGCGUCGACGGCCAGCAAAAAGCGCAAACCCUCGAAAGCCGCUGUUGACGGAGACGGGUCCGAGAAGAAAAAGACGCGUCGCCGCCGCCGAGAACCGACACCCGAAGGAGCCGAAACGGUGGAGAUCCUCCCCAAUGUCAUCAAGAUGUCUGAACUCUGCAAAGACUUGAAGACCGGCAAGAAAUCACAACGCGAGGCAGAUAUCCGCAAAUGGGAAGCAGAGCAGCAAGAGAAGAAGCAUAUGACUCAAGAGAAUGGAAAUGGGGCCGGGACGCCAAAGAAAUCGAACGGUGCCACGGCCGAACCAGAGCCGAAUGCAUCUGCAGAUAAAAUAGACAAGGCCUUAUCUUCUGCUGAACCAACUAAGCAAUCCGGACCCGUGAUGCGCAUUGUCAACGGCGAGAUUGUGCUGGACGCUUCAUCGCUGGAGGUGGAUCGUCACGCGGACGCUGCGAGGGACGUCGGUGAGCUGGAAUCCGUCGAAGAGAAUCAAUUUUCUCGACGGGUCAACCAGUCCACAUGGGGGAAACGAUCGAAGACAGAAGCCUGGGAUGAAGAACGCACGGAUCUCUUCUACCGAGGCCUCCGGAUGUUUGGAACCGACUUCAUGGUCAUUUCCAAGAUGUUCCCCGGCCGUUCUCGGCACCAGAUCAAACUCAAGUUCAAUAAUGAAGAGCGCAAGGAUCCACAGCGUAUCAAAGAUACCCUGAUGGGUCCUCGUGAAAUUAUUGACAUCGAGACCUAUUCGGAAAUGACCAAUGCUACCUACGAUGACCCCAGGAUCAUCCAAGAACAAUUGGAUGAAGAGAAGAAGAAAAUUGAAGAGGAGCACGACAAAGAGAAGAAGAUGCAAGAACAGCUUUUGCGAAAUACUGCCGAGACCGGGGGGAAUGCGCCCAAGGGAGAGAAAGACGGCAAUGCGCCUGGAAAAGCGAAGUCACGAAAUGUCAAGAAGAAGCCACAGCCGAUGGGCGGCGGCACAGAAGAGGUGCUGGGAUCGAUCUGA